AGAGAGGAGCAGGAGGGAGGAGUGAGCGGUCCCGGUACACAGACACACCGGCCUGAGAGGACAGAAAGAGAAGAAGGAGAGCACCGGACCCCGUCAGAGAGAGAGAGUGUGUGUGUGUGAGAGAGAGAGAGAGGAAGAGAGUGGGAGACUGACAGGCGUUACCGAACCGAGGCGUCGACAUGAGCGGUCAGUUUGAGGAAGAUAUCCACGACCGGGGCGAGAGGAAGAGCAGUAAAUCCCCGACACUGCUCUCCUCUUACUGCAUAGACAGCAUUCUGGGCCGCCGAAGUCCCUGUAAGGUCAGACUGAUCGGGACGCAAAGUUUGACGGGUCUGCCCGGCAGAGGCGAGCUCGACAAGGCGGCUGACGGGCCAACGAAGGAGCCUCUUUCUCUCAGCGCUGACAUGCACCUGCCUCCCAAGCUCCGCCGGCUGUACGGACCCGGAGGAAAGUACCUCCACGACCACGCAGAGAAGCUGGACAGAGAGAGGCUCCUCUUGGAGCAAGCCAGCGACUGCCUGAAAAUCAGCCAGGCGCCGCAGGUGAGCAUCAGCCGCAGCAAGUCCUACCGGGAGAACGCGUCACUGAGCCGGGGAGAGGACGACCAGAGCCCCGGGGAGGCCUCGGAGGACGGCAGUCUGGGACUGGUGGAGCUCGGCCCGCUGAAGUUCGAGGAGGACGCGGGCAAGGAGGAGGAGAGCUGCGGGGACGCGGCGGCGCUGUCCCCGAAGGACGAGGAGAGGGAGAGCUUGAACGCCGGGGAUGGGGACGUGAGGGACGGGGAGGACAGCGUGUGUCUGUCGGCGGGCAGUGACUCGGAGGAAGGGAUGCUGAAACGCAAGCAGAGAAGAUACAGGACUACGUUCACCAGUUAUCAGCUGGAGGAACUGGAGAGGGCUUUCCAGAAGACACACUACCCCGACGUCUUUACCAGAGAGGAGCUCGCAAUGCGCCUGGAUCUAACCGAGGCCCGCGUUCAAGUUUGGUUCCAGAACCGCCGGGCCAAGUGGAGGAAGCGUGAGAAGGCCGGGGUGCAGGCCCACCCGUCAGGCCUGCCAUUCCCAGGCCCACUCACAGCGGGCCACCCGCUCAGCCACUACCUGGAGGGAGGCCCCUUCCCUCCUCACCCCCAUCCUGCCCUGGAGUCCGCCUGGACGGCUGCUGCUGCUGCAGCCGCUGCCUUCCCGGGCCUGGCCCCACCGCCCCACAACGGCUCGGCCCCGCCGCUGGCCACACCGCUCGGCCUGGGCACCUUCCUGGGCACGGCUGCCAUGUUUCGCCACCCUGCCUUUAUUGGACCCACUUUUGGCAGGCUCUUCUCCAGUAUGGGUCCCCUGACCAGUGCUUCCACGGCUGCAGCUCUCCUCCGUCAGCCCGCCCCCCCUGUAGAGAACCCCUCCCAUGCGGGCCCCGUCCUCCCCGACCCUUCCUCCUCUUCCUCCUCCUCCUCUUCUUCAGCUGCAGCAGACCGCAGGGCCUCCAGCAUCGCCGCGCUGCGCCUCAAGGCCAAGGAACACUCGGCUCAGCUCACCCAGCUUAACAUCCUGCCCACCGGAGCCGCAGGGAAGGAGGUGUGCUGAACACUCAACACCAGCUCUAGGCCUCCCUGUUCUCUCCCCCACCCCACCCUCACCCACCCACCCUGGGGCUUAUGUCCCAUUCCAAUACAUCCUAUCCUCCCCUCCCACACCUGUCUCUCUAUCCAAAAAACCCCACUCAUACCUCUGGAGGCCGAUGUCCUGAUGUACCCCUGUUCAUCCCUGUUACCUCACAUUUCCCCAACAAAAUAGCACGACCAAAUUCAGAGGAGCACUGGUUUAAAAGAAAAGAAAAAAAAAAAAAAAGGUGUGUGUGUUUGUGUGUGUGAGAUGAUCGCAGCUAGUUUUACACGACAUACACACACUUUCCUAAAAGGCAGUCCAUUAAAUUCAAUAAUUUACACAUUUUUUUUUAGUUAAAAACAAUCGAAAUACUAUAAGAUGUAGCCUGAAAGCUUUAUUUCUUGACAGAUUACACGUGAAUUUUUCUUUUUGACAAAGGUGAUAUAUAUAUAAAUGUACAGAAAUGUCUUUACGAGUUCGUAGGACGGUGUGCAUCACACAGCAAUAUUCCACACAUCACCAGUGGAGGGACGCGACAAUGUACAUUUCCUGAAAUGCUGAAUUUGAGCACAAACAAAAGCUGUAACUUAAACUAAAGACAAUUACUUCCGUUUUUAGUUCACUACAUUUCAAAGGCAAUUAUUUUACUUUUUAUUUCCUAUCUUUCAAAAUUAAGAUGUUAAUUUUAAAAAAAGAAAAAUCCAGAGGAGCUUAGAAAACAUACAACAUGUAAAAUUUAACGCUCCAUCACGAUUAAAUAAUCACACUUAGAGGCCAAUUUUCUGCAUUGACUGCUCUCACUUUUGAUAAUAUUUUGCUUAAGUAAUAUUUAAAGCAGGAUUUUCCUUUGAAACAGUGUGGUUUGGAUAUCCGACUAAAGGGUCUGUCAUAGGCGCACACACACACACACACACACAAACACACACAUGCAGUGAAAGCUGAAGAACCGCAGGGGAACUUUUAGAAAGGAUUCUUGUGCUACUUAAAAUGUGGACAACACGAGUGCUCGACAUUAACACUGCUUAAUCUGUAUGCAUUGAUGUGGGCUGAGCCAGUCUGCAUCUAUAACAAAGGCGAGUUGGAGGAGGUCCCCCCCCACCCCCUGAACCAAAGGAAAACUGUCCAUAGACCUUCCAUAGCCUUCUCUGCAAGCCUGUCUCAUCUCCACUGCUCGCCUGUCCAGCAGUCACACUCAGCUGCACCACUGCAGAAAUAUAUAUAUAUGUGUUUAAUACGUCUGGAUGAAACCAGAGUUAUUCGAGGCUGUUUGAAUCCACAUCAGUGCAAGAUUUCUGUACAUUUCUUGCAAUUUGCGCAUUUUCUCCCCCCUCCUCCCUACCAGUCCCUCUUUUUUCCUCUUUGAUUAUUAUCACAGCAGUGGCCCUUCAGCUGAGUCUGACUCCUGGACUAGCGAUCAACGCCGAGACCUGAGACUUGUCUGACUGUGUGAAAGAAAACUGUACAUAUUGUGUAAAAAAAAAAAGGAGAAGAAGAGAGAAAAAAAAAAGUACAACAACAACAACAAAAAAAAAGGAUGAUUUUCAAAACAAGGUCGUGUAUAUUUCAAGAGACCGUGUUUUGAUAAUUUGCACUCGGUGUAGUGUUUAAUGAAUGUGUAGAAUUUCACCUGUGUUUAUGAAUUAUUAGGUUUUUAGAUAAUUAUUUAUGUCAAAAACUUUUCCCAGAAGAAAUGAGUGAAGGACAGUUCUUUUUUUUUCUUUUCCUUUUUGUUUUUCUUAAGUGAUUGUAAGUUUCCUGGUUUAAUAAUGCUAAUUUGAAUAAAUUACAUUGGUAAAAUGAGUUAUCUUUUAUUAUUUCAAAUUCCUUUAGGACUGACAUAGGCCUAAACCAGGAAAAAAAAUAAACAAUGCGAAAUAGAAUAUUAUAGAACUAUUAAUAAAAAGGUGUUAUGGAAAAAAAUGUGCUUUCUGUCUUACAUUAAAAGAUUAAUUUUGCAA